AUGUCUCUCCGCCGAUCCCUCCUCCGCCCUCGACUGCCUUCGGUAGGCCGACCCUUUACACAAGCCUCGCCCAUUCGAAGCCAAUCCACCCAUGCGCCCUUUACAUAUCGACUGGGCGCCUCAUCCAGCGGCAAGGGCAGUCCUGUAGCCCCUCCAAAUGAGAACAACAUGUUUCCUCAAUCCCUGCUGGACCGCGACGACCCCUACUUCACUUCGAUUGACAAGUUCUCGGGAGAAGAUGCCUUUNUCAUGGCCAAGAUUGCUCGCAGUGACAGAUAUAUCGUCUUUGGUCUGGCAGACGGUGUGGGAGGUUGGAGAGACUCGGGAAUCGAUCCUGGACGAUACUCGCAUGGCCUCUGUAGGUACAUGGCCCAAAACACGCACCGUCCCGAGACCGAGGGAGAUUUGAAGCCUCGCAAUUUGUUGCAGUACGGUUAUGAGAAGGUCAUGAGUGAUAGAGGCAUUCAAGCUGGUGGAUGUACUGCCUGCAUUGGUGCCAUUGAGCCAUCUGGUGCUAUGGAAGUCGCCAACAAACUCACUCCACGCAUGCAAGCCCAGAACCGUAUCUUCGGCAACAGUGCCCAGAUCUCAGAGACCCCCGCCCAAUCCGACGUGACCACUCACUCACUACACCAUGGCGAACUUGUCAUCUUUGCGACAGACGGUGUUCUGGACAAUCUAUCUGGCAUGGAUAUCCUCAACAUUGUACAGCCCAUCAUGGAGAAGCACGGCUACUGGGCUGCCGCUGCAAAGGAAACCAUCGUCAAGGCCGACAAACUACGAGACCCCAAAGAGGUCGAAGCUCUCUCCAAACUCCNNCCUUCCGAGAUAGCUUACUCGAUCAUGCGCAAUGCCAAAAUCGCUGGCCUUGACGUGCGGAGAGAUGGUCCCNUUGCGAAGGAGGUCCACAAAUACUUCCCCAAUGAGGAAUAUCAUGGCGGCAAACCUGACGAUAUCGCUGUUGUUGUUGCUCUAGCCAUUCAAGAUGGCGCUCCCAAGGCAAAGCUUUAG